ACUGCGAUUUGCCUGGCUGUACACUCUAGACUGGCAGUUCUGUAAUAAUCUCAAAUAUCAAACCCAUAAUCUUACAUCUUCCCUUUUUCUUUUCUUUUUUUUUUCCUAUUUUUUUCUGUUCUUUUCCUUCACUUCAACCUUUGCCUUUCGCUUUUGUGUCCGUUGAAGCCGCACUCUUUUCUCCUCCUCAAUCUCUCUCUGCAAAGUCCUCUAACAGUCUAAAUUGCUGACUGAACUUUAACUUCAAGUUAUUUACUCAUCAACCAAACAAACACUCCCACCAUCUCUCUCUCUCUCUCUCUCUCUCUCUCUCUCUAGAAAUUCUCAGCUCAAACUCUCCACCGACAUCGCUCGCCGGAAACAAUGACGGUCGCCGGCGAGACCACUCAGACAUCCAACACCUCCCUCUCCCACAAGCUCACUUCCACAACCCCAUUCCUCAGCCUCAAACUCUACGCUGUCAUUGCCAUCCUCGUCCUCUGCCUCCUCGCCGCCGCCCUCCUCAUCUUCCUCUGCGUCUGUACGACCCGAGCCUCGCGAAAGCGCAAGAUGCGCGUCAAGCACAGCUCCGGCUCAAUCCCGCUUGUUUCCAAAGAGAUCGCCGAGAUUAAAUCUCCUAGCCCGCGCGCCGUCCUCGACAUUGGCGAGGGCAAAAUCGGAAAUGAAAAUGUGAAGGAGGUGGAGGAAGAGAUGGAGAUUGUGGAUAUCGAAAGAGGGAAAGGGAAGCGGAGCGGGUUGGAGAGUGACGGGUCGGGUCCGCAGAACAUCGGGUGGGGCAGGUGGUAUAGCUUGAAAGAGCUGGAGAUUGCGACGCGUGGAUUUUCUCCAGACAACGUGAUUGGAGAAGGAGGAUACGGCGUCGUUUUCAGAGGAAUUUUGCAGGACGGCUCUGUCGUGGCGGUCAAGAACCUUCUCAACAACAAGGGUCAGGCAGAGACAGAGUUUAAGGUGGAAGUGGAAGCCAUUGGUAAAGUAAAGCAUAAGAACUUGGUGGGUCUAAUUGGCUAUUGUGCUGAAGGUGCUCAAAGGAUGCUUGUAUAUGAAUACAUUGACAAUGGCAAUUUGGAGCAAUGGUUGCAUGGUGAUGUUGGGCCUGCCAGCCCUCUGACCUGGGAUAUUCGAAUGAAAAUAGCCGUCGGGACAGCGAAAGGGCUGGCCUACUUGCAUGAAGGGUUAGAACCCAAGGUGGUGCACCGUGAUAUAAAAUCCAGCAACAUUCUUCUGGAUAGAAAAUGGAACCCAAAAGUAUCAGAUUUUGGCCUGGCCAAGCUCUUAGCACCUGAGUCAAGCUACGUGACUACACGUGUCAUGGGGACAUUUGGAUAUGUAUCUCCAGAGUAUGCAAGCACAGGUAUGCUGAACGAGUGGAGUGAUGUAUAUAGCUUUGGAAUUCUACUCAUGGAGAUAAUUACAGGAAGAAGCCCAAUUGACUAUUCCAGACCAGCUGGAGAGAUGAACCUGGUUGAUUGGUUUAAAGGAAUGAUCCAAAGUCGCCGUGGAGAGGAGGUAGUAGAUCCUCUGAUAGAAGUUCAGCCCUCUCCAAGAGCUAUGAAGCGAGCGUUGCUGGUUUGUCUCCGCUGUAUAGAUUUAGAUGUCAACAAGCGACCAAAAAUGGGGCAAAUUGUUCAUAUGCUUGAGGCAGAUGACUUCCCUUAUCGUUCUGAAACCCGAUCAGCCCGAUAGAAAGAUUGUUUCCCUUCCCGUGCAGCUGCAUCUGAUAAUGUUCAAUAACCAAUCCAAGCAUGCCAUGGAUAGAAAUGAAGCGAGAUAUGGAAGUGGAGAUUAUUAUGUUUUGGCACAGGAGGUAGUUCCUGAGGCCAUUCGACUUCUUAUCAUGAUUCUCCAUUAGUAUAUAGAAAAGAUUUUACAAGCCUUGAAUGUGCAUAUAAUAUUUUCUAUAAUUUUUUUUCCCAUGAUCUUAUAGAUUUUGUUGAUAUAUUUGGAUUCAUACUUAGGAGCUUGUAAAUAUGUACUUUAUAUCUUUUGAUAUGUAAGGUGAGGUCUGUUAAGAAAAUCCAUAGUCGCAAGGCAACUCACC